AUGGCGGAUGUCCUAGGGGCACCGAGACCGGUUCCCAGUGGCGGCCCAGAGCCCCGGGAUCCCCUGGACUGCUGGGCCUGCGCUGUGCUGGUCACCGCCCAGAAUCUGCUAGUGGCUGCCUUCAAUCUACUCUUGCUGGCGCUGGUGCUGGGGACCAUCCUGCUACCCGCUGUCACCAUGCUAGGCUUCGGCUUCCUCUGCCAUUCCCAGUUUCUGCGCUCCCAGGCACCCCCUUGCACCGCGCACCUGCGGGACCCAGGCUUCACAGCUCUGCUGGUCACCGGAUUCCUGCUCCUCGUGCCGCUGCUCGUUCUUGCUCUGGCCAGCUAUCGCCGCCUCUGCCUGCGUCUCCACCUAGCCGACUGCCUGGUGCCCUACAGCCGAGCCCUCUAUCGGCGCCGGCGCACCCCGCAGCUACGGCAAAUCCGGGCCUCGCCAGGGUCCCAGGCCGUUCCCACAUCAGGAAAGGUAUGGGUUUGAGGAACCUCGAGUCAAGAACCACCCUGACGACUGCCUUCCAUUUCCGUUGGCCCAAGAACUUGAAACCUGGGGGUCUCCCAAACUACCCUGCCCCCACCUCUGCCUAAGUGGGUCCUAGCAUCCCUUUGGCAAACAGCAGCAUCUGUGGACUCAAUGCUGGUGAAAAUUCACAUCCUGGAAAACCCCUUUCUUUUCACUACCCAUAUCUAAAUCUUGAAUAUCUGGGCUGGACCCUGCACAUACCGACCCCCACCCCAAUCCUGUGAAUAGGACAACUGAUCCUCACUGGUGCCCUCCCU